AUGAGCUCACUACCUGAGAUGCGCGACCUGCCGUUUGUGCGGCUCCCGGAGCCAUAUAAAACAAAAUAUGAGCUUUACCAAGCUUCCUCCGGACCCAAUUGGAAAAUUUUUCAGCUUAGAUUGUCAACAGAUCAAAACAAUGGAGCCACAAACCCCCCGGACCCUCUUCACAAUGACAUGCUAUAUUUCAGCGAGUUGAUUCCGAGCCCCGAGUCUACCUUACCAGCUCAAUCAGACAACACCGCCUGGGCGCGAGCAUGUCGCAAUCUAGUCUCAUUCGUGACUUGGGAUGGAGAUUUCGCACCGACUGUCGGUCAAAUAUGGAUGAUGGUUUAUGCGAUCUUAUCCAUGAGACCAUCGGAAGAGUCCUUCCGACUAUCCUUGUCGGGAGCGCAGAAAGAUCUCCUGUACGCAGAAAUCAACGCGACUGGGCUUUCCACCAAAUUUCCCAAUUCAACUCAGUCGCAGCCUUCGAACAGAAUUAACGAUAUUUUGGUCUCAAGGGCUGCCUUCUGGCAAGGCGCCGGCUCUCCACUAGGGACACGGCCCGCCUGGCUUGCUACUCCGCAGGCAAGCUGUGCUAGAAUACAGACAUCCCAAUAUCCAGCGUUCCCUCUACAGUACACUUUGACCUCGCAACUCAACGAUCGCCCUGUCCAUGCACUACAUCCUGUCCGUCCGGCAAAGCCUGCCCGUGGUGCACCAAUAUAUAGUAGGUACAUUCCGCACUUGGAUGAGUUUUUCGCCAUGGAUCAUCUCGACUACACGAAUGAGACGCAUCUCGAGUUGUUCCAUAAAUGGCAGAAUGACCCUCGAGUCGCUGUCAACUGGAAAGAGACCGGCACGCUGGACGAACAUCGCGAGUAUUUGCGAAAGAUUGAUGAGGACCCGCACCAAAUGGCUGUAUUGGCACGGUUUGACGAUACAUAUUUCGCCUAUUUCGAAAUCUAUUGGGCCAAGGAGGACCACAUGGGUACAUAUUACCCGGCCCUCGAUUGGGAUCGUGGCCGGCAUUCAUUGGUUGGUGAUGCGCGAUUCCGUGGACCGCAUCGGGCAAUGGCGUGGUGGACCAGCCUCAUCCAUUACAUUUUCCUCGACGAACCCCGCACUGUUUGUGUUGUGGGCGAGCCCAAUGCAGCUAAUGGACCGGUGUUGGGAUACGAUGCUGCACACGGGUUUCAUGUUCACAAGUGGGGAGACCUACCCCAUAAGAGGUCAGCGAUGGUGAGGUGUGAGCGGGUGAGGUUUUUCGAAGUGGUUAAUUUUGGCAGUGUAACCAGCAAUGGGACGGCGAAGCAGCAUACAAGCAAAUUGUAA